AUGCAGGAAGACGCCUACGACCAAGAGCUUCGAGCCAUCAGAUCGUCGCGCCAUGGGUUGAGGUUGACAGCAUUUGGAAAGUCAGCAGGGAGUGCCUGCCGCAAGGUGUGUAAGUCGCCCAUGGCAAGAGGAUGUGCCAUGUGCAGGAUACAACACAAGAUGAUGCUGAGCGGGAACCUCGUCGAUGCGUACGGGGUGGUCACGCCGCUUCCUGGAGGAGGUGAAGGAGUUUCAGGAUCGUAUGAGGAGUCACAGGACACUCCGGGCUGUGUGUUGACGGGAGACACGACGAGAGACGAGCGAAGGAUCGACUGCGUGAGGGACCCGGAGUCAGGUUGGGAAUCUGUUGGACCGGGAGUACUGGAAGACGACCUGUUGAAGCUCAACGACUUGUCUCCUUCUGAGAUCAAGCACCGGAUCCUCGUCUACUGUACCGUCCGGUAUCAGGCAGAAUUGUCAAAACAACCGGCUUGUUACGACGCGCUCAGCGACUAUAUCUUGGGCAAGCCUGAGGCAGCGCACGUGCGAUGGGAGUGGGACGAUUUGAUAGACCAUGAUUCGGAGAGUGAGUCCAACAUGUCCGGGAGAGCGAUGAAUGUAGACGCCAUUGUCGAGAACUAUCUGCAAAACCUGUGUCUGAACAGCGGAGACUCGCUCUCGCAGGAGGACGAGGAGGAGCUUUGUAAAGAUUUUCUGUGA